GCCGCCGCCGCCGCCAUGGGCGCCAGCGGCUCCAAGUCGCGGGGGCUGUGGCCCUUCGCCUCCUCGGCGGCGGGCGGCGGCGGCGCCGAGGGCCCCGGCGGGCAGCAGGCCCUGGCCCGGCCGCGGGGCGCGCGCGCCGCCACCCCCUUCGUCUUCACGCGCCGCGGCUCCAUGUACUACGACGAGGACGGGGACCUUGCCCACGAGUUCUACGAGGAGACAAUCGUUACCAAGAACGGGAGGAAGCGUGCCAAGCUGAAGAGGAUCCACAAGAACCUGAUACCUCAGGGUAUAGUGAAACUGGAGCACCCUCGCAUCCAUGUGGAUUUCCCCGUGAUCAUCUGCGAGGUGUGACCGCCGGGUGCUGCCGCCCACGGGCGGGACUGCCCCGAGUGUCACCGCACGAGGCUGCCCCGAGUUCCCGGCGAAGCGGAGGGCGCUCGGACGAAGGAGGACGCUCAGACGUGGAUUGCGGCUCUCCCCUCGCCCGGGGGCAAGGCGGGACGGAGCGGGCUCGGCCGGGCUGUGCUUGGCUGCUGCUGCUCCUCGCAGGAGAUGGGUGGCCUUGUGCAACGACUGCUUACAAACAUCCCUGCUUGAGUCAGAAGACUUGAAAUCUCUUUUGUAGCCUCUAGCCGACGUUUGGAUGGGUAACUGGAACUGCGCACGAGCUGCUGCGUUCGAGCUGUCGGAGGGAGGGCGAGCCUGCACUUCUCACCAGACAAAGCCCCCUGCUUCUCAGGUAUGCCCCGGGAGAGCCAGGGCAAGGUGACCCGCUGCCCGGCGGCCAGGUGGCCGGCGCCGCGGCGCUGCGCGGAGCUCCCCGCUGGCUCUGAGGGAGGGCGGCCAGGAGCCGGGCUGGCAGCACGCCCGGUGGGUGCCGCGCUCCUCUCAGGGCAGAGAUCGGGUGCCGUUCUCUCGGACCUCCGUCCCUUCCCCGCGCGCGUUCCCCGCUCGCGCUGCCCGCUGGCCCCGGGGAGCUGGGCCCCGCCGCUGCCCGCGCCGCGGGGCCCUCCGGGUUCCUCCCCGGCAGCGCCGCCUGCGCCGCGGGAGCGAGUUGGCUCCUGCAGAGCACGGCCCCUCGCUGCCGCGGGGCUGGGCGUCGCCUCAGCUUCGCCCUCCCUCUCGACGGUACCUCCCGAUGGGAUCGGCCUCGGCAGAGCCCGGCAGGAAGGAAAUCAUCGCUUCCCUCCCCGUCCCUCGCAAACAAUCGGCCGCUAGGCCUGCCCCGGCUUGGAAAUCUCCCUGGCGAUGUGAACUACGGUUCCCCCCGCGCCCCAGCUGGCGGCAGGAGGAGAAACGCGAUGCACUUUAACGGGAGGCUUUCUGCUCCGUUCCGGAAGGUCCUGCUCUCUUCUCCUCUCCCUUCCUGCUCGAGGCCGGGGGCGCCUCAGCCGCACCCGAAAAUCUCCCACCCCUGCCAGCGGGCCCCGGGGCUCCGGGCCGGCUGCUGCGGGACCGGCGAUGGCCCGAGGAGCCGCGUGUCAGCCUGCCCCCGAGCCCGCCCCCGCAGCAGCCCGCCCGGCUUCCCCGCUCUUUCGUCCCAGAACUUAUUUACUUUCUAAGCACUUCAGACGUUCGCUACCUCGAUUUUUUUUUUUGAUUUAAGCUGCUGGCGCUUGGCUGCCGGCCCUAUCGGCGUCUGCGUUGGAUGUAUCCAUCCCCGCGCCCAGCCGGAGCGGCCCAGGCGCAGGGCCACAUUCCUGGCUUCGGGGAGAUAACCGCGGCGUGGCUGUUGCCGUCUUCCUGUCACCACCUCUUCCCUCCGCGUCCCCCGCCCGCUGUUCCAGUGACAGGGCGGGCACGGAGGGCGAGGCGGAUGUGCUGGGCAGGGCUCCAGCGGGGAGCUGGUCUACACUGUGAUGCUGGGCGCCUCUCUCGACAUCUUUUGUUCUCCCGCUUGCUUGAAAGAGUCUGUCUUCAAACAAUCCCCCCCCCCGAAGGGUUUCUUAUUCGCGCCACCUGCUCCGAGUCGGGCUCAGACCGCAAUCUCCUCGAAAACCGCCUCUCUGGGGCCGCUUUGUUCUCGCUGAGAGGCUGCCCUGCCCCUCCUCCCUCCCCCCAGGGCAGCGAACCGCGCUUCCCCCAGAAACUCGCCUUCUCCCACCCUCUUCUCCCCGCCGAGGAGAGGCGGCGAAGCCGCGCGGGCAGGCGCCGAUCCGCCUCGCCCCGCUUCUCCUCCCCAGCCUGGAGGGUCCUCGGGAGCGUCUGAAGGCACCCGGAAAAAUGUGAAGAUCGCUGUAAAUAGUAUCUGUGUCCCCUGCGUCGUUGGAGCAAGCGAAAAAAAGGAAGGUUUCCUUGCCGUGUGUUGUUUUUUUUUUACCACCUCUGUGCAACUUUGUGCUUUCCCGUGUGGAUGUGUAGCCGAAGCGUACUCACCGACACUAGGGCUCUUGCUCCUCUAGCGUGUGGAUAGGAAGCGGGGGGUUGAGAAACGUACACUAUUUAUGGUCCUUCCUCUGCCCCCGAGUGCAUCUGUCUCCUUUUGUUAAAUUUCAAUAAAAUUGUUUGUAGGUCC